UUUGCUGCAACGUUUUUCUCAUUCGAGUUUGACCGGAACGAACGAACAUCCAUGAAUCAGACAAGAUUAUUUUCUCGAGGAGGGACAUCAAAUCGAACAGACGAGAUCUCCGUGAUUAGAAAAGUAAAUCCUUUCCUAUCCUAAGAGCAAAGAAUAAAAGGUAAAGGUGUAAUCUUUGCUUCCCUCCGUCAAAGUCCACGCCAUUCUCACUGUCAGUUUCGGGAAAUUUCCAGACUUUCCUGCACAAUCCCUCCCAGGCUCGCAGCAGACGUCCAUUUCAAGUGGGUCUGAGUUACUUCUUGUAAAGGAUCAAUGACAGAGAUCUUUAGUGAUACCGGUUUCAGACAGUUAACUCAAAUGUUCUCUGCGAUAAUCUUCUUCCACACAUCGGAAUACAUUCUCGCCAUAGCCUAUCACGGACCAUCGAGAGUAACUUUAAGCUCACUUUUGAUCACCAAACACUAUGCAUUAGCAAUGCUAAUCUCAGUUCUCGAGUACCUAAUCGAGAUUGUUCUGUUCCCGGGGCUGAAACAACACUGGUGGAUCAGCAAUUUCGGUCUUAUGAUGAUUGUUCUCGGUGAAAGCGUCCGCAAAACCGCGAUAAUCACAGCAGGUAGAUCGUUCACGCACCUUAUAAAGAUUCGCCGGGAGGAGCACCAUAAGCUUGUGACGAAAGGAGUGUAUAGAAUCAUGAGGCAUCCAAGUUACUCGGGGUUUCUCGUUUGGUCUGUUGGAACGCAAGUGAUGCUGUGUAAUCCCAUAUCCGCGAUUGCGUUUGCGGUUGUGGUGUGGCGGUUCUUUGCAGAUAGGAUACCUUAUGAAGAGCAUUACUUGAAGCAGUUUUUUGGGAGCCAGUAUUUGGAUUAUGCCCAGAAAGUUCCUUCCGGUGUUCCCUUUGUAAACUAAAACAUUGAAUCAGUGAUGAACAAUUCAAGUUUGGAUUAUUUAUUACAUGUUUCAGAUAAAGUUCCUGUCACUGGUGAGUAUUUGUAUUUGGUUAUCCAAUUCAUGACUGAAUUAAAUUGAUUCUCAAGGUCGAAUUUGGUU